AUGCAGGAAUUUUGUAGCAGAAUCGCGGAAGCCCAAGCACGUCUCAAGGCGCUUGCUGAUGACCAUGCGGACCGAGCUUCACAACUAUAUGAUCUUGCAACUCUACUGAAUGAUCGUUACUCCGUCACGUCAGUGACGGAUGAUCAAAACAACGCUAUUGACAUGGUCAGGCAAGCUAUCCAAGCUCCUUCUCAUCAGCACCCUGCCAGGCCAGAAUGGCUGAGCUUUCUUGGAACCCUUUUGAGUGAGAGAUAUACGCGUACAGAAGGAAUGAAGACCCUAGAGGAGGCGAUCGUUGUUUCAAAACAGGCUGUUCAUGAGACUCCCGACCAUGAUCCCAAGCAUUCAGAGAGAUUGUACAAUCUUGCUCUUUUAUUAAACGACCGGUUUGCAGUUACAGAAGAACUGGCAGACCUCGACGAGGCUAUUGCCAACACUAGGCAAUCGAUGGAUUCUCCUAGCAAGAAUCAUCCGGACCGAAUGGAGUGGCUGAGUAACCUUGGAGCCUUUCUCUAUCAUCGAUUUUUGCUUACAGAGUCCAGGCCUGACCUGGAUGAAGCCAUCGAUUUUGCUCAGGAAGUUGUCGAUAUGCUUCCAAACUCAGACCCCGAUCGAUCAACCCUCUUGCAAAACCUUGCUCUCAGACUCGACAGGCGGUUCUCAGUUACAGCAGACAAAACAGACUUGGGUUUUGCAAUUCAAAAUAUCCAGGAAGCCAUCUAUUUGACACUCAGCGAUGAUCCCGACCUCGUCGAAUACUCAUACCAGUUAGCAAACCUUCUAGGGAAAAGAUUCUCAAACACCCGGGAGAUGCCGGACCUAGAUGUUGCUAUCACUAGCACAAAGAAGGCUCUGGAGAUAACCACAAGUUCAAAUCCCAUCAUGGCAGAAAUCUUGGAGACUCUUGCUUCGCUAUUAGCAACCCGAUACUCUAUUCUAGGAGAGAAAAAUGAUAUAGACGAAGCUAUCAAAUUUGCGAAACGAGCACUUCAAGAGGCCUCAACCCAUGAUUCUGAUGGAGAGUUUGAUAUAGCUUCAAUGCUUAAUGCCCUCGGUAUAUAUCUGGGCGAUCGAUUCUUACAACAAGGUAUAUUACCAGAUCUGGAUGAGGCUAUUGCAGCUGCGAAAGAAGCCAGCGAAAUGGCCUCUUGUAAUCACCCCGACCAUCUACAAUAUUUGGAUACUCUCAGUGUGCAUUUAGGGAAUCGAUUUUCUCAUGUUGGGACCUUUGAAGACUUGGAAGAUGCCAUCAAGGCAUCAAGGCAAGUGGUGGAUGGCACGCCCGAAGAUCAUGCUGACCGAUCAACACGGCUGAUCAACCUGAGCAAGCUCCUGAACGACCGAUUCUCUUAUCUUGGCAGAAACCAUGACUUGGAGGAAGCUAUCGAAAUCGCCAGAGAAGCUAUCGAACUUUCCCCGGAUGAUCAUCCAGAUCGGGCUGGGUGGCUGGACACUCAAGGAGCCCUCUUGGGAACGCGGUAUUCGAGCGGAGGAAGGCUCCAAGUCUUGGAAGAAGCCAUCAGAGUUAGUCGGGAAGCGAUCAAGACAACAUCAUAUGGCCAUCCUGAACAUGCCACAAGAUUGAACAACCUUUGCGUUCUGCUUGGCGACCGAUACGCUGCUCUUGGAGACGCGACGGAUUUAGAAGAGGCGGUCCAGGUAAUCCGAAUGGCCAUCCUAAUCACUUCCGAUGGCAGUCCAGACUUGGCGGUCCUUUUGAACUCUCUCAGUGUUCGACUCGGUGAUAGGUAUUCAGCUCGGGGAAGCGUAGCCGAUUUGGAAGAGUCUGUCAUAGUCGCCAAGCGAGCAAUAAAGACGACCCCUGUUAGCCACCCCAACAGAGCCAAGUUCUUGAAAAACCUCAGUCUUCAAUUGGGAAGGCGGUUUGCAACCAUUGGAGACAUGACGGACUUAGAUGAGUCCAUUCAAGUCGCCAGAGAGGCCGUUGAACUCACACCUGAAGACCGUCCGGAACGGCCAAUAUUACUGCAUAAUCUUGCUUUGCAGCUCAGUACACAAUUCUCCCGUACAGGCGCCACCGGAAUCUUGGAGGAAGCCAUAAACCUUGCUAGGAAAGUUGUCGAUAUAACUUCCGACAGCCACCCCGAUCGCGCAGCACAUUUGAAUACCCUUGCAGUGAUCGUUUGCACUCGAUACCAGCAGUUUGGAGCGAUAGCAGAUCUUCAUGAAGCUAUCAAUGCUUCGAGAGAUUCUGUGAACGCGACAUCUGACGGUAAUGCCAAUCGGUCCUUACGGCUGAACAACUUCAGUGCUCAUCUUUAUUAUCGUUUUAGUCGAUCGUCCGACUUGGCGACGGGAUUAACUGACCUUGAUAAGGCCAUUGAUACUGCAAGAGAAGCCAUAAAAGCAUGCCUCGAUGGCCAUUCUGAGCGACCCAACCUGCUAAGCAAUCUUGCUGUCCAACUUACAAGCCGUUUCUUGAAGACAGGGGACAUGAAAGAUCUAAAAGAAUCCAUUGACUUGGAAGACUUGGAGAAGGCCACAACGGCUGCCAGAGAAGCGGUAGAGGCCACCUCCGUUGACUAUCCCGGCAGAGCAGGGUUAUUGAAUAACCUAGGACACCAGCUGGACUCUCAAUUCAUACGCACAGGUUUGAAAGAGGACAAGAUAGAGUCUCAGCGCUGUUAUGAAGAGGCCUUGAUGUCAACAGUGUCUCUUCCUACCUAUAGAAUCUUUGCAGGUCGCUACCUCCUCUCGACUCCAGAAAUCCUUCAGUACGGUCAAAGAGCGUAUCAGAUCGCAAAAACUACUAUUAACUUGAUUCCGUUGUCAGCACCGAACUCAUUAGCCUCGGUUGACAAGAAGGUUAUUCUUUCUCAAACUGCUGGUCUUGCCUCUGAUGCUGCUGCAGUGGCCUUGCACACAGGUCAAGGAGCCUCAGCUGCAAUUCAACUUCUCGAGUCAGGGCGCGGUCUGCUAGCUGGCGCACUUCGUGACCUUCGCACCGAUCUAUCCUCCAUUCAGGACGAACGUCCUGAUCUAGUUCAGUCGUUUCACGAUCUUCGUCGUAUACUUGACUCCCCAACGCAGACGAAUGUCAUGAUGACUGCCGAUGCCGCCUCUGGUUCUUUCGGAGUUGACCGAAGGCACUGGGCAAAUAGUGAGAUGGUCACUCUCUUGAGCGAGAUUCGGACCAUCCCCGGUCAUGAGCGGUUCCUGCUACCGGCUACCGACACCGAGAUGCGUUUGGCGGCUGAGCAAGGCCCUAUUGUCAUGGUUAAUGUGAGCUCUCACAGAUGCGAUGCCCUUCUUGUUGAGUUAAGUGGUACCCGAGCUUUAUCCCUCACAGCCCUGUCCGAGGACGAAAUUUCUAGACGAGCGCAGAGUCUCCAAUCUCUUGAAACAUUAGAGUGGCUCUGGGACGUUGUGGUCGAACCGGUUCUCAAAGCUCUUGGUCUCAAUCGGCCCUCACCAGAAGAUCCCUUGCCCCGCAUAUGGUGGAUUCCUACAGGGGCGCUGAGCAAAUUUCCUUUCCACGCAGCUGGUUAUCACCUUGAAUCUAGCGGCAGGACGACACUCGAUAAGGUGAUGUCGUCCUACAGUUCAUCCAUCAAAGCUAUCAUCGACACCCGCCAGGAACACAACAAGACUAUAGAUGUCGAUUCUGAUAGCGAUGUCGUACUUUUGGCGAUGAAUGAGACCAAAGGGCAAAGCCGUUUGAAAUUUGCAGAUGCCGAAGUUCGGGCUGUGAAGUCAAUGUUCGAUUUGGCGGGACUACCAGUUAAACAUCCGCAGCCACGGAAGGCUGAGACUUUGGCGGCCCUCCAGAAAUGCCGUGUGUUUCAUUUUGCAGGUCACGGCAGCACGAAAUCAGACCCCUUGAAGAGUUUAAUCUACCUUGAAGACUGGCAAGAUCAACCGCUGACGGUAGAGAGUCUGCUUGAGACCAAUCUCCGCUCCGGCGCACCCUUACUCGCCUACCUCUCCGCCUGCAAGACGGGCGAAAGCUUGGAUGAGAAGCUAGCUGACGAGAGUCUUCAUCUCACAAGCGCAUUCCAGCUGACCGGCUUCCGACAUGUCAUUGGAACGUUGUGGGAGGUGGACGAUACUUUGUGCGUUGACAUGGCGCAGAUGACAUACAAGGUUCUGGGGGAGAGUGGAUUUCAUGAUGGAUCCGUCAGCCAAGCACUCCAUCGAGCUACUUGUAUACUCAGGGAUAAAUGGCUGGCUGAAGAAAGGACGAGAGUUAGGAGCAGAAGUGAACGGGAUAUUAUCUCGUGUGACGACGAGACACAUAAAACUCCGCUCUGGGUGCCGUAUAUACACUAUGGAGUCUAA